AUGGCUCAAUUACAAGUGACCGUUGUUGAAGCAAAAAAUUUAAAGAAAAAAGAUAUAUUGAGUGAAAAUGAUCCUUUCGUUGAAAUAUAUCUUGAUGAUUCCAAUUAUAAACAAAAAACAAAAGCAAAAAAAGAUGCGAAAAAUCCAAAAUGGAAUCAAUCAUUUGUUUUUAAUCAUUUAUACGGACAAGAUAUUCUUCACGUUGAAGUGUAUGACGAAGAUUCAGUUAAAAAUGAUAAGAUUGGCUCAGUUCAAAUUGAUUUGCAUGAAUUAUACCAGAAAGGGCAUAUAAAUCAAUGGUUUGAGCUCAACGGAAAAUUGGGUUCAAAGUCUCAUGGACAAAUUCAUCUUGACUUGUAUUUUGAGCGACUUAAAGUAUAA